AGCACCUGUGAGUUCUUAAUAAUGGGGAAAGGAUUCACAGUUGGAGACAGUUAUCUGAACGUCCUGGCUCGGCACAAGUCAGAACUAGAUUUGUCUGCUGAGAAACAGUUUAUACACAGGCAGCUAUAAAAACAAGAUGCGGGUGAAGACAUAUUCACGAGACAAGAGGUUAUUUGCCAUAAUCCUGAUCAUCGUACUGUACUUCCUAUUGCCUGCAAAUGUCAUAAGAAAUGCACCAAAGGAAGAGCUUGUCAUUAGCAGUGACUUUCAAGUAAAUCAGAUAACACUGAGUGACUGUGACAUCACCUUCAGUUUAGGAAUUUGCAAGUGUAACAGAACUAUACGAGCUCGUCUACCUCACAGUUGUCCUGAAACAUUUCCUGAUGUCGAAGAAGUACUCAAAACAGUAAAAGCUACGUAUGGAGAGACAGUCUGUGGAGACUGGGCUACGCUACGAGGACCUCAUCAGAGAGGCCAUUUUUAAAUGACUACUACGUCGGCAUCGAGUACAUUCUUCCUCGGUUGUUACAAACGUAUCCCGGAUGGAAUAUGAGGCUCUAUCAUCACAUGAACCUUUCAGACCCUAAAGUCAAUGAAUGGGUUUGCAGCCUGGCCUGCCAGUAUCCACAUUUCGACCUUUGCGACGCUGAAAAGCUUCACAUUUUAGGAAAUGUCACCAACUCGACUGGACGGGCUUGGAGGUUUGGAGCAAUGGGAGACAAAUUCGUCGAUAGAUUCAUAAGCCGAGACACCGACUCUCCCAUAUAUCAGAGAGAAGUGGAUGCUGUUCAAGAGUGGAUUUCAGACGGCACUUGCUUCCACGUCAUGCGGGAUCAUCCCUGGCACGGUGUUCCUAUCCUGGGUGGUAUGUGGGGUGGGUGCAAUGACUGGCGAUAUGAAGAAGUUCUCAAUAUAACGAAAACCAUCUUCCGAUUGGCUAAAUCAACCCGUUCUGACCAGGGGGAAGUUGGUAAACAUUUAUACCAUUUGGUGCAAGAGAAUGGCACCGUACACGACUCUUACACUUGCGGCUGGUUUGGUGCCUCCAAACCUUUCCCAACGCAGAGGUUUGGUGAUACUUUCAUUGGCCAGAAGUCACUUAUGAAAUUUUUCAAUAGGCAUAAGCUGAAUCCCUGUCCUGAAAAGUGUCGACCUAAAAAUCACCCUGAUUGGCUAUACUGCUGAACAUUCACUGCAAUAUUGUUUGAUAAGUUGGAGUGUAUGAUUUUGUUUAAUAUAAUCUUCUUUCAGUACUAAAGAUUAUAGAAAUUAAACACAUAUCUUUUUUAA